CACAGUUUUCGCAACCGAAGCCGUGAGGAGAAUCGUAGGAGGAGCUGUUGGAGUCACGUGACCGCGAGGGUAGUGUGCCGAAGACAUGGCGGACAAGGAAGAGACCGAGAAGACCAUCGCCGAGGACUUGGUUGUCACCAAGUAUAAAAUGGCCGGCGAGAUCGUAAACCGAAUAUUGAAGCAAGUUGUAGACCAAUGUGUCACUGGAGCAUCUGUGAGAGAAAUAUGUGAGUUUGGUGACAAACUACUUAUAGAAGAAACUAGCAAAGUUUUCAAAAAGGAGAAAGAACUUAAAAAAGGGAUUGCUUUUCCAACAUGCAUAUCAGUCAAUAAUUGCAUUUGUCACUUCUCGCCCAUUGCUAGUGAACCCGAUCUUUUUCUCAAGGAUGAAGAUAUGGUUAAAGUUGAUCUAGGAGCACACGUUGAUGGUUUUAUAGCUGUAGUGGCACACACUAUUGUUAUAAGUUCUUCACCAGAGAGGAAAGUGACUGGCAGAAAAGCGGAUGUAGCUUUAGCUGCACAUUUUGCUUCUCAAGCUGCAUUAAGACUGUUGAAGCCAGGUACAGAGACGUACACAAUAACAGGCACAGUGGAAAAAAUAUGUGACGCUUAUAAAUGUAAGCCGAUUGAGGGCAUGUUAAGUCAUCAGUUAAAGCAAUUUAAGAUUGAUGGGGAAAAAACGAUAAUUCAGAAUCCGAAUGAUGCACAAAAGAAAGAACACGAAAAGUACACGCUUGAAACUCAUGAGGUAUAUGCAAUGGACGUACUGGUUAGCACAGGUGAAGGGAUAGGAAGGGAACAGGAUACUCGAGUCACAAUAUAUAAAAAGACAGAGGAGACAUAUCAACUUAAAUUGAAGGCGUCUCGUAUGUUCUAUUCGGAAGUCUCCCACAAACACGGACUCAUGCCAUUCAACUUACGCACCUUCGAAGACGAGAAGAAAGCGAAAAUGGCCGUUGUAGAAUGUGUAAAUCAUAGGUUGAUUGAGCCAUUCCAAGUGUUAUACGAAAAACCAAACGAAUAUGCUGCACAAUUUAAAUUUACGGUACUCUUGAUGCCUAAUGGACCCCAUAAAAUUACAGGAAUUCCCUUUGAUCUUGAUAUUUAUCAGUCUGACUGUGUCGUGGACGAUCCUGAGUUGAAGAAUCUUUUGUACUCUUCGGCAAAUCCGAAGUCUGCGAAAAAGAAGAAAAAGAAGGCUGAAAAAGCUGUAGACGUUGCUAUGGAAGUCGAUGCUAAGGCCUAACACUGUCAUUCUAAUACAUACCAUGACUUAUUGACAUCAUGCACUACUACAAUAUUUUUAUUUAGUGGUUUAAGUAAAAAAAAUUUAAGGCUGGACACUUUUAAAAACAAAUCACUAAAUUAAUAUAAUCAUAUAUCUACAUUUAGAUAUUGCAUUGAUAAAUUGUAAGACGCAACAGUGUUUUGCAUUGUUAUGUUCUUGCUAUCAGCAACUAUCUGAUAUGCAUCCAUCAACUUAUCUUUUUUCUACCUAUGAACUUCAUUUAUCCGAUGGAAGUAUCAAUCCAAUCAAGUUUUGCCAUUUGAUACGUAUCCACAUCUUUUUUCCUUUCUACCUUUCUAUGUACCUUUAUCCAAGCCGAAAAUCAAACUAUCAUAUAUUAUGUCAAAACAUUAUAUAUGAUAUAUCAUAUAUUAUGUCUCAAUAUUUAAGUUGUAUCGGAAUAUCUUUUAAUGUGGACCAUGGUAUUAUUACUAUUUAUAGAUUGUUAAUUAUUCAUAUGACAAUUACUUACAAAUUGUAAUGCAUUACAAACUUUGAACUAA